AGUGCCCGGCCGCAGCCCCGCAUCCCCCCGCCAGCCGCUCCCACUCCUGUCCCGUUCCCCCUUCCCAGGCCGGCGACCCAGGGCCGCGAUCCCGGUGAUGCCAUAAACGCCGCGGUACAGUGGGGAGGCUUUGGAAAAGCCGGCAUUUGCGGGGAGCUGCCCGGGAAGAGCUUAUUCCAUGUCGGAGCAGCAUCGGCACCCCCGCCCCGUGCCGCCCGCUCCCCCGGCACCCCGGUCAGCACAGGAGAGCAGAGGCACGGCCCAGCGCCAGCGCUGCGGGAGAGGAAAAGGUGACCAGGAUGCUGUGGCAUGGGAAGCCCUGGAGGUCCAUGUGCAAGGGGCUGGUACUGGGGACCCUCCUGACCAGCUUCAUGUUGCUGCUCUACUCCUACGCCGUCCCCCCGCUGCAAGUCAGCGUCACUGAGAUCCCCGUCCCCUUCUCCUGCUCCUCCCACCUGUCCCCUGCCCAGGCUCCCUCCCCAUCCAACGGCACGGGCAGUGCCUCGGGGUGGAGCUGCCGACCCAAGCUCAAUGUCAUGUUCAUGAAGACCCACAAGACCGCCAGCAGCACCAUUCUCAACAUCCUCUUCCGCUUCGGGGAGAAGCAUCGCCUGAAAUUCGCCUUCCCCAACGGCCGCAACGACUUCUACUACCCGUCCUUCUUCGAGCGCAGCCAGGUGCAGCACUACCGGCCCGGGGUGUGCUUCAACAUCAUCUGCAACCACAUGCGCUUCCACUACGAGGAGGUGCGCAAGCUCCUGCCGCCCGACACCACCUUCGUGACGGUGCUGCGGGACCCCGCAUACCUCUUCGAGUCCUCCUUCCACUACUUCGGGCCCGUCAUCCCCCUCACCUGGAAGAUCACGGGGGAGGAUAAGCUGGACGAGUUCCUCCGGGACCCCCAGCACUACUACGACCCCAACGGGUUCAACGCUCACUACCUCCAAAACCUCCUGUUCUUCGACUUCGGCUACGACAGCAGCAUGGAUGCCAACAGCCCGCUGGUGGAGGAGCACAUCCAGGAGAUCGACCGCCGCUUCCACCUCGUCAUGUUGCUCGAGUACUUUGAUGAGUCGCUGGUGCUGCUCAAGGACCUGCUGUGUUGGCAGCUGGAGGACGUGCUCUACUUCAAGCUCAACGCCCGCAAGGGCUCCACUGUGUCCCGGUUGACCCCUGAGCUGUACAAGCAGGCGACCGCCUGGAACCUCAUCGACGCCAAGCUCUACCGCUACUUCAAUGCCACCUUUUGGCGCAAGGUGGAGGCCUACGGGAGGGAGAGGAUGGCCAGGGAUGUGGCCGAGCUGCAGAGGGAGAACAAGAAGAUGACCAGCAUCUGCAUCGAUGGGGGACACGCUGUGGAUGCCAGCGCCAUCCAGGAGUCCUCCAUGCAGCCCUGGCAGCCCCUGGGGGAGAAGACCAUCCUGGGGUACAACUUGAAGAAGAAGAUCAGCAAGAAGCACCAGAAGCUGUGCCGCAAGAUGCUGACGCCCGAAAUCCAGUACCUGACUGACCUGGGGGCCAACCUCUGGAUCACCAAGCUAUGGAGCUACGUGCGGGACUUCCUCAAGUGGUAGGGGCUGGCAGGUGCCCCGCUUCCCUGGGGAAGAACCAGGUGCUUUCGUUUUUGUUACUCAUGGUUCUCUUGGUUUGGAACUGGCUGGAGGCUCUGGAGCCCAGGAACUUUUGGGGGGACCCUCCGUCACCUUCCUGCA